AUGAAAGUUCGUGAACAAACAGUUUGCGAAACACUUUCAAGUAGUUUUCAAUUUCAAUGUUGCCCGACUUUGGCUUUCAAUGAAAGUUUUUCUUAUUUCAAACGAAGUCGAAUGGAAAUUUUAAAUGAAACUCAAUUACCAACAAAAAAGCGUCGUGCUAAAUUACAUAUUCUUAAUAAAGAAGAACAAUGCAAGAGUUUGAGAAAUGAAGCUAUUGAGAUGCAGCCAGAAACAUUAAACAAAUCGAAACAAAAGCAAUUUCACAUUUAUCAAGUGGCAUCUCGAAGUUUCUUACAUUUCUCUGAACCUUGUGCUGCAAACACUGACUUGGGACAACAGAAUAAAUACAAAGUAGAAAGAAAAACAAUAUCAAGAAAUGUGGGAAAGGGAAUUAAAUAA